AUGGUUAACAAAAGAAAAUUUACUGAAGUUAAAUCUACAUUUUCUAUAAAUGAAUGUUUCAAUUCUUUUAAAAGGCCACGCACCGAUUCUUUUAAAAAAUCGAAUUUUAUUGAUCAAUUUAAUCAGUUUCGCUCAACACUCUGUUCUGAUGAGGAAAUUGACAUUAAUUUGUUCAAAAGACUUUAUGAUUUUUUUCAAAAGAAUAUUUACAAUUCGAAAUUUAUCUCUCAAAUUGGUCCACUUUGUGAUAUUAUUUUGAUAUCUCCUCUUGUUUUUGGUAAAUCUUCCAAAAAAUAUUAUAAUGAUUUAAUUUUUUAUGGAAAUAUUUUACAUAAAAAAUUGACUCCUGAACAGGUUUUAGAAUAUUUUGACCAAAAAGUUAUGUGGGAUACUUUAACAAAAAUGACUAGGUUUCAUCAUAAAAAGACAAAAAGAAAUCGAAGAGUAAUUAAGGCUGACGAAAAAUGUUAUGAUCCACGCUUUGUUUUGCGUUCCCUUUUACAAAUAGUGGAAAUGGAUCUAAAGUUCAAUUGUAAAAUUAUGAUAUCUUCAAAUGCUCUAUCGUUUUGCUUUGCCUCAACAAGCUUUUACGAUUCUACUCUUCGAUCACUUGCUUAUACUGUUUUACAAAAUUUUCAAAAAAGAUUAAAGCAACAGAAUGAACAUUUUCGGCAAAAACUUCUUUUUGGAUUUUUUAUCGAUUUUUUCAAAAAUAGUAUUCUUACAGUAAAUCAGAAGGCAUGUCAAUUUGCCAGUCAAUUCUUUGCCAGAUAUUCAAAAAUAGCCUUAACACCAACAAAUCCAUUGUAUUCACCUUUAACUUCUUUUUUCAUUCAAAAACCUUUUAUGGAUUUAGAAUCUGUUCCGGAAUUUUCAAAAUUAUUUUUUAGUUCAUCUUCAGAAAAUUGUAGAGAAGAGAGGCGUUGGAUGCUUAGACUUAUUGAUGAUUCUAUUCUUGAUUUUAAUGAUUAUCAAAUAUUGGGAAAAAUUUAUGCAAUAGAAUCAUUUAUGGGUAUGUUCUGUACUCCAAUGGCAGAUUUAUGGAAUAAAUUAAUUUUACUAAAAAUUUUUCGUUCUUAUGUUGAACUUCAAGCAAAAGAUUUGUUUACGCGGUUGGAUUUUGAUACUUGGUUAACAAAUGCAAUUUAUCAUUCAAGAACAACAAUAAAAGAGAAGCUCGAAUUAACUUCAAUUUUUAAUGAGCUAGUUAAUCAUUUAAAAAAAGGCUUUUUUGAUCAUUCAAAGAUAGAGAAAAAUGAAAAUAAAUUAAAUGUUAAUCUUGAAAGAAGAAAACAACUUUUAUUAACUAAAUUAAAAAUAAAUAAACAAAAGAUAGUUGAAUAUUUAAGAACUAAUUUAUGUUUUGAUAUCGAAAAUGAUGUAAGAAGAAGAGACGAAAUUGUUUUAGAAUUAUUAGAUAAUGAAUUAUUUAAGUGA